AUGUCUGCGACUAUUGUCGAACCUAAUGUAAGCCUCUCCUCCUGGCCAAAAAAGACUCGUAAACCAAUAUCAAAACCAUGUCCUAUCUAUACCAAGAAUAUCAUAUCUUCAAACGGUAACUCCCCUAAUCGAGAAAUUGCAUCUCCUUUACCUUCAGGGCAUCUUGAGACUGCAACUCGAUUUUGGCAAUUUAAAGUCGAAGAAGGUCUAAUUACUCAUGUACGGUAUGGUAACAUCCGACCUGAUGGUAGUCUCAUGGAACGAGCCAUACAUGUUCAACAUCAUUCAAGUUACCUCGAUGCAAAAAAAUUUGUCGAAAGUUUAGUAGAUGAAAAAAUCAAAGCCGGUUAUGUUGGUUGGUCGCGUUGGUAA